AUGCGUGUCGCAGUAACCUCCUCGCUACUUGCAACUCGGAGAAAAAGGCCGGAGGAGGAAGUCUCUGUCUUGCAGCCUUAUAUUAAUGAAGAUAUUUAUUCUUUAUCAACAGCAGCUCGUCGGGAGAAGCGUCUGGGUUGUAAGAGGCACUUGAAGACAGUACCUAGCGCCUUCAGACUGCUUAAGGGAAUAAGACCUUUAGCUCCUAGGAAGAAGGAAAGAAGGGAUGAGCAGAGGAAGGAAUCCCCUGCUAAGGAUGUGACAAGAGGACUACUCUUUGAUCUCUCUCCUACACUCUUCUUACUGUGGUUUUCCUUUAAGCCUACGUUCACUUCUGGUCCGAAUACUUACAAAGACUACCGCAAGGAGUCUUGUGUUAAGUUAAGGGACGGGAAGCCCCUAGUAGAGAAAUGGCGGAAGUUUCAAAUGACUAUCUACCAUUCUCUACCAGUGGACGCCUCAGCUUUACUCACUUUGUUUAAACCUGAGGAUCUAGCCGCUUACUUGGCAAAGGCUCGCUUUGGUUCUCUGACCGGGAAAUCAUUCCUGAUUCCGGUUAUGAUAAUCCUGUCGAGCCGAUUAAGGAAGGAACAGACGGCUUUGGUUGGUUUAUUCAAGCUUUACUACCACCGGCGCAAGCGUUGUGGUGGGAUACUAUGA